UACUCCAAGCUAAAAGAAAUAUAAACACGGGCCACCCACCACCCCUCUGGUCAUAACACAACAAUCUCUCCCUCCAUGCCUCGCCGUGGCUCCCCAUCUCCUCUCCUCAACCUACCACUUCUCAUCGUAAUCUUACCCAUAAUUGCAUUGAUUCUCUUAUUCUUUGCUCUCCCUUCUUUGCUCUCCCUCACCUCUCACAAAAUUCGACCGAUCACUAAUACUACUGUUAUCAAGAGAAGCUGGGACUCACUCUAUGUUUUUCUAGUCUUGUUUACAAUUCUCUGUGGCAUCUUUGCUAGAAGAGACGACGACGAAUCAACCACUAAUGAAGACAAUCCCAGCAACCACGAAAAAUCGAAACGACACUCCGUUUCAAAUGCUCCAUGGUUUGCUGAUGACUUCUCUGACCCAAAGAUCUAUGCUAAUACCAACAAUAGUACGCCACUUGGUGGCACAGCGACAACCGCCACAGGCGACAGGUUAAAGAUGAACAGUAGAUCCUACCCUGAUUUAAUGCAAGACUCCUUUUGGGAAACUACUGAUGAUCGAUUUCGGUUCUUUGAUGAUUUUGAAAUAAACAACUACCGCUCACCAAUCCACCAUCGGAGACAUCGGAAUGGAGUGUUCGAAGAAUCUUGUGUUAAGGAUAUUCGUGUUGAUACUUUUGUAAGCGGCUCCUCAUCAAAGUUACAAUCGCCACCACCGCUGAAGACUUCUGCGCCUCCGCCUCCGCCUCCUCCACCGCCUCCUCCUCCAACAACAACGAAGUCCAAUCACAAACAGAAGCGAACAUAUAGAACACUUCCACGCGGAAUAGAGAAGGCAAAUGAAAAUGACCAUAAAUCCACAAAAAUCAAAACUUCGCCCCCAACGCCCCCUCCUCCUCCACCACCACCACCACCACGACGGCAUGCAACCCCAGCGCCACCAAAGAAAAUGCACGGCAAAAGUGAACGUAAAAGGACGAAUGCAACUAAAGAGAUAAAGAUGGUGUUGGCUUCUUUAUAUAGGAAAAAAACGAAGAAACAGAAAACACAAGUUUUAUCCAAAAACGAUACAGUUCGCUCUCCAAGUGAAUCGCCUUCCACUACUAGACCUCCACCGCCUCCUCCUCCGCCUCCUCCACCGCCACCAUCAGUGUUCCACUUUUUAUUUAGGAAAAAUAGCAAGAGUAAGAGAAUUCAUUCCUUUUCUCCACCACCAGCCCCUCCUCCACCUCCAACGACAAUGAGGUUAACUAGGCAUAAGAACCAAGUGCCUCUUCCACCACCGGAACCCCCAAGGAGGCGAAGAUCAUCCACCACAGGCCAGCCACCGUUGCCGAGAGGGGUGAAUAACGGAGGACAAUCCCCGCUCGUUGCAAUGCCUCCUCUACCGCCUCCCCCGCCAUGUCAGAUGCCAGGUUUUCAAUUUGUUCCCAGAGGGGAUCUUGUUGAGAAACGAAGUGCACAGGGUUCACGGUGUAGCUCUCUAGAUUUGGAGGAGGUUGACGAGGAUUCAAGCAGACAAACAGUCAGCAAAACGGACGGUAAAGAUGGGAGUGGUGGGCCCUCUUUUUGUCCCAGCCCUGAUGUUAAUAUGAAAGCAGACACUUUUAUUGCCAGGCUAAGAGAUGGGUGGAGACUGGAGAAGAUAAAUUCUUUGAGAGAGAAAGGAAGUGUGGACCAUGGCCCAGGUACAAAUCCGACAAAAAUCUGAAAAUUACUUUGAAGUUGAAGGGUUUCGUUACAAUUCACACAUUUUUCUCUUUUUCUCGUCGGUUAAUUUGGUUUAUGAUCCUACAUAAGAAAAAUAUAUAUGUGUUGAUGGUAUGCAGAUAGGAGCUUUGAGUAAUGUUUUUUAUUCACCAUUCGGAGCUCCUUUGUAGAGGAUUUGAUUUGGGUUUUCUUCUUCUUCUUCUUCUUUCAAAGUUUGAAGAUAAAAAGCACCAAGUUAAUUGCUCAUGGCUUUGGUUGUCUUUUUUGCUUACCAACUAGAGCCAGCCAUCUUCAGGGUUUCACGAAAGGAGUAUGGUGGUUGCAUUAGGCUUCUAUGGUGUUUUUGCUUAAUCUUGUAGGCAUAUUUUUCUUUUUACAAAUAUUGUUUAAUUGAAGUUAACGAUUGAAAAACACUGCUUAUUAUAAUGCAUACAGAGUAUGAUU